AUGCACCUUGAAUACAUUACUCACACAUGGUUAGAUGUCUCAGCCAGCGAACUGAAUCAGUUCAACUUCUGGGUCCAGUAUGCCGCUGCAACAUACUACGAAGAGGAUUACACAGCUCAAGUGGGUGGCAGGCUUAGUUGUUCGAAAGGCAACUGCCCCAAAAUCGAGGAAAUAGGUACGACUGUAUUCUAUGACUUCUCCGACUCCACCAUAACAGAUACCGCUGGCUACAUUGCAGUAGACCACUCUAAUUCAGCAGUUGUUCUCGCAUUCCGGGGGUCCGUAUCAGUCCGCAACUUUUUCAGUGAUGCUAUUUUCAUAUUCACAAACCCUGGUCUCUGUGAUGGGUGUCUCGCUGAACUCGGCUUUUGGAGCUCCUGGAAGUUAGUCCGUGACAACAUCACCAGGGAACUGAAAGACGCAUUCGCCCAGAACCCUGACUACGAGCUUGUCGUGGUGGGCCACAGCCUGGGUGCCGCUAUCGCAACCCUUGCUGCCACUGAUCUCCGUAGCAAGGGCUACCCGUCCGCUAAGAUGUACGCUCAUGCCUCGCCUCGUGUGGCGAACGUGGCUUUGGCCAAUUAUAUCACUGCACAGGGCAACAACUUCCGCUUCACCCAUACCAAUGAUCCAGUCCCUAAGCUGCCGCUGUUGUCUAUGGGCUAUUUUCACGUCAGCCCUGAGUAUUGGAUCACAUCCCCUAACAAUUCCACUGUCAAUACUUCUGACAUCAGUGUUAUCAACGGGGAAGUUUCCUUUGAUGGAAACACUGGAACUGGUUUGCCGUUCCUAACAGACAUUGAAGCGCACUUCUGGUACUUUGUGGAUGUUGAUGCGGGCAAAGUCUCUGCGCUGGCGCACUAUGCCACGGCACAAUUCGUGCCCACUCCCAGUGGCCUCAUCACCAAGAAAGGACAUGCCGGCAUCGAUGUGCGAUAUAAGGAAGUACCUGCUGGGAUUUGUGAACAGGAUCCCAAUGUGAAGAGUUAUUCUGGUUACGCUGAUGUUGGUGAAGAUGAGCAUAUUUUCUGGUGGUUCUUUGAGACUAGAAACGGAGACCCUAAAGAUCUCUUCGUCGACCAGCCUGCCACGGUUGGAUUAUCAUACACAAUCCCUAUUCCAGCAUACCAGGAUAGCGAUGGCAACAUCAUCCAGUUGCCCAGCGAGGAGUGCCCCGACUACGCUCAGGAUCUUGGAACAUGUGGCACAUACUCCAAACCAGACAUUGCCCUAGUUCCUAACACAACUUCUAAUGCGGCCCCAAACAUGUGGAAGACACUCCAAGGGUUCAUGGGGGCUUUCCCCCAGUACGCGCAAAAUGGUGUCAACUUCGCCACUGAGAGCUACGGAGGACACUAUGGUCCAGUUUUCAACGAGUACUUUGCAAAGCAGAACGCCAAGAAGCCUAUUGGCUCGAUUCAGAUCAACAUUGAGAACGUCCUCAUUGGAAAUGGCUGGUUCGAUCCGUUGAUUCAGUACCAGGCGUACUACAACUUUUCCAUCUUCCCUGGAAAUACAUACGACUUUAACCCAUACAACGAGUCCGUCCAAGCCGAAUGGUAUAACAACCUUUAUGGAGAGGGAAACUGCGUCGACCAGACUCUGGAAUGUUACGCGACUGGUCGGAAUGAUAUUUGCUCUGCGGCGGACAACUUCUGCGCUUCAAAGGUUGAGUCUCUAUUUGACAAUUACUCCGGGCGCGACGAGUAUGAUAUGCGAGAGUUAACACCAGAUCCAUUCCCGUACGAAUUCUAUGUCAAUUAUCUCAACAGCCCUAAAGUCCAAGCUGCCAUUGGAGCAUACCAAAAUUUCUCGGAGUCCUCUGGGACUGUGAGCAAUGCCUUUGGAAGCACAGGUGACGAUGACCGCGAACCCGGCACGAUAGAGAGUGUGAAGAAGUUGCUGGAUGCUGGAGUACAGGUUUUGCUGUAUUUCGGAGAUGCCGACUUCAACUGCAAUUGGCUCGGUGGACAAGUCAUCGCCGAAGAGAUCAAUGCCAGCGGGUACGAACACGCUGGCUUUGUGAAUAUCACCACCUCAGAUGGCGUGGUUCAUGGACAGGUUCGUCAAAGUGACUUGUUUAGCUUUGUGCGAAUCUACGAGUCCGGUCACGAAGUACCCUUCUACCAGCCAUUGACUGCGCUGGAGAUAUUUGAGAGAGUGGUUACGAGAACGGACAUUGCGACGGGCAAGAAACAUUUGAAGCAGCACGGCGGUUACCGCACUCAUGGAACCCCGACGAGCGAGUAUCGCGAAGGUAAUAGUACAGUGGUUCUGGAAGUGCUGGGUAGCAAUGCGACAUACAACACGACCCUCAAUGGACCGAACCCAUCUAGCUCGGCGUCGAUCAGAUUACGUAGAGCGGGCCACUGA